AUGCGAGAGGUGGUGUUGGGUUUAAGCAUUGCUAGUUUUUUCUUUUAUUACCGAGGACGCGGAAGAGGAGGAGCUGUUUCAUCAUUCAUGCGGAAAGAAAGUGAUGCAUGCCGGGCGUUUUCUGAAAGGAAGACAACUGAGGAAGAGGAGGAGAAGCAGCAGAGCCUUGAAGCAACUUUAAAAUGGGUUCACGAGUUGAGGGAAAAGUCAAAGACAGAGCUGCUGGCCCAGUUGAAGGAGCUUAAAGCAGAGCUCGCUCUGCUGCGUGUUGCCAAGGUUACUGGCGGUGCCCCUAACAAGCUCUCCAAGAUAAAGGUGGUAAGGUUGUCAAUAGCGCAGGUGUUGACUGUGAUAUCACAGAAACAGAAAGCCGCGCUUAGGGAAGCUUACAAGAACAAGAAGUUUCUGCCUCUUGAUCUCCGUCCCAAGAAAACCCGUGCCAUUCGCAGACGUCUUACUAAACACCAGGCAUCGUUGAAGACGGAACGUGAGAAGAAAAGGGAGAUGUAUUUCCCAAUGAGAAAGUAUGCAAUCAAAGUUGGUAAAGUUGCCGUCACAAUUGCUGCCAUGCAAACUACGAGGUAA